UUGGUCUUCUUCUAGAGCGGCCAUUCAGAUUCGGUUCGUGCUUCCAAAUUAAGUAGGGCUUGUUUGGCGCAAAACUUAAAUAUUUAUAUCGCUUUUUUAAUUGGAUGAAUUCCGCUGGUUUGGGCCCACAUACAGCCAAGUUGGGUCAUGGAUGCUCCAUAUUUGAAAUUACGAAUACACCCCCUACUUAAAGUCGAAUUUACAGAUUUUACCAGACUAUAUAUUUACAAGUGUGGAUCUUCAUCUGAAUAUUGAUCGGAAAUUCAGAAGUGGUGGAGAAGAUGAUACGAGCGGUGAUGGUGAUAAAUACUCAGGGCAAGCCUCGCCUUGCUAAGUUCUACGAAUUUCAGCCUGUGGAGAAGCAACAGGAGCUAAUACGCAGCGUCUAUGGAGUUUUGAGCAGUAGAGCUGAGAAUGUGAGCAAUUUCCUGGAUGCGGAGUCUAUUUUUGGUCCGGACACUCGGCUUGUGUACAAGCAUUUUGCAACUUUGUACUUUGUCUUUGUUUUCGAUAGUUCUGAAAACGAGCUUGCCAUGCUCGACUUGAUACAAGUUUUUGUGGAAACAUUGGACAAAUGCUUCAAGAACGUAUGCGAGCUUGAUGUGGUGCUCAAUUACAGCAAGUUGCAUACUGUACUGGAUGAGAUAAUUUUUGGAGGUCAAGUGCUGGAAACGAGUUCCACCGAAGUUCUGAAGGCUGUUGAAGAAAUCUCAAAGUUAGAAACAGCUUCAAACGCUAUUUCAUUGGUUCCAAAAUCUGUUUCUAGCUGGAGGAGUCGAUAGUAUACAGUUUGAGUAAUGUGUUACAAUGCAAGUCUCUUGAGCUCACAUCAAAGUGUCUUCAGAGAAUUUUCUCUGAUGGGAUCUUUAGUGCCAAACUUCAAGAAGAGAAAUUGACCGCUCACCUGUGUGUUAGAUGAAUACCCCUAUUUUUGGGGAUGCAUUUACAGUAUCUUUUGAUGGUACUUCCUCUUUCAUAGAAUUGUUGAAUAUGGAAUGAGAGAUUGUAUCUACCCAUCUCAUUUCUCUAAAUGCACACCUCACGUUUUUGUA